UCUGCUUGGGGUAGACUCCGUGUCGACCGCCAUCAUGGAGAUUUUUGUGAUGGUGCGUCGUGAAAAGACAACAAUCUUCCUUGAUUGUAAGGAAGCCACAACUGUCUACGAGCUAAAGAAAAUGGUCGAAGGCAUCUUAAAGAAGGCUCCAGAAGAUCAGAGGCUGUACAAAGAUGAUCAAGUCCUGGAUGAUACGAAAACUCUGGAGGAUUGUGGUUUUACAACCCAAACCGCGAAAGCUCAAACUCCGGCAUUGAUUAGCUUGUCAUUCAGAGGAGAAGAUGGAGAGUUUGAACCAGUUGUGAUCGCUCCUCAUUCCACCCCACCUGAAUUGCCAGAUGUGAUGAAACCCCAGGAGACUGUUUCUAACAGUGAUGGCUCAUAAAUUUUGUGUCCUAAAGUAUGAUUCUUUUUUUUGUAGAUCAACUCAUACUCAAUCUCACAAACUAGUUGCAACUUUAGCGCCAUUGUUGACAAACUUAGAUUACAACAAACUGGCCAAAGCAUUGUGUGGUGAAAGAAUCAUUACUAUUAUAUAUUUAACUUUCUGGUUUACAAAUUCCCAUCCAUAGAUUUGAAGUAAUGUCGAUUAAGUGACUGGUAAAGAAAUGUUCUUGGAUAUUUAGGAAAAAAACCCUGGUUUAGUCAGUCAUGGCAGUACCAGCUAACAACAGAUCUUCAGUUUUAUUAAAAAAAAAAGAAUGUAAUAAUUCUACAGUCCAAAUAUUUUGGUAAUGCAAAGACAACCUAGUGCAAUUUUGGCCAUAACAUGGUAAAGAGCUCGCUUUUAAUGUUUUGAUGAAUGUGUAAUUUAUUUGCUAUUUCCCUGUUGAACUGAAAACAAGGACUACUUUCUUACUGAUCUAAACUAAAAUGUCUGAAAACAUCAUUAAUCUGUAGUUCAUUGUUGAUUUGAAAUUUAAAGUAGUGGUUUUGUGUCUAGUAAAAUUUGUUCUAGCUGUGUAAUAAGUGUUUGUUUGGUGAUUUCAUCAUUUUCUUGUUUAACCCUUUGACUCCCAGAAGUGAUUAACAUGUAACUUCUCCCUAUAACAUCCACACAUAAUCCAACCAACAUGUGAUGAGAAUACUCAAACUUAUCAGGUAGAAGUUAGUAGUCUUGAUCUAACACCAAAUUCUUGUGACUUAUUUACAAGGAAAUGUGUAGCAGCUGGAGGGGAGAAUUGACAAUCAGAUCUUGGGAGUUAAAGGGUGAAGGAUUUAUAAAUCAUCUAUGUAUGAAACUGGCAGGCAUAUUUUUCUAGUAUCUUUCCAAUAUCUUCCCUAUCUAAGAGUGUAUUUUCAAGUCAGGAUUAAGUCUGAUAUUUUAUUUUAAUUUUGAGUUGUACUGGUUUCAUUAUUUUGUUUGUUUUUUUGUUUGUAAAUAAACAUAUUUCUUUUGAAGGAA